UGAAAAGGCAACCCCAGUGGUUUUUCCGGUGAGGUGCCUGGUUUCUGGGUUUUCAGACUGUGAUUUUUACAAUGAAAGAAGUAUUCCACGUGGUAAUACUAGAAUAUGUGUGACGACUCAAAAUGGGGUAUUUUGUGAGUCAUAAUGACUAGUGGUCAUGCUAAUCACUAGUGGCAGUGGCUUUGACUGUAUUGACUUGUGCAGUGCACACACAAUGAACGAAGUGCACAAUGAAAACAGUUUUGCGAGAUAAGGUUACAUGUCAAGUUCUCCGUAAGUAUCAAUUAGCUCUAACUGUAUUUUUGUGUACUGAACAACCUCUCAGCUCACUCAAUCAAGUAGCCGAAUUACUCCAUGAUGCUCUAGCCUGAAGAACUUUAGUGCAACACUAGAGAACCGUCGUGAUUAGCAUAUUUGUCAAUCCUCCAUGCGCCCAUGCCCAACCCCAACACUUCGGUGAAAACAAGUAGGCCUUCACAUUGAAAAGCAGUGAAACAGAAAGACAGCACUCGUGAUAACCACGAGAGCAAUGUGUGAUGGCUGUGGUGGUGAUCGGAGAUCAAUACGACGACCCCUUCGGUUAUUACGGAGUACAGACUGUCAGCGACAAGGACAACAUGGAAGGGCGAAGGACAGGAGGAGCCGGAUAUUGGUUGGGCGACAUCUAUGGCAUAGCGAUGGCACCUGGUGUUGACACCACUGUUACACGCCCAGACUUGGUAUCAGGUGGUACCAAGUACGCAAAAUGCAAUCAAUGCAGCUGCAAGAUCACUUGGGAAUUAACAAAUUAUGGGAAGGGUGGCAGCUGCAAAAAACAGUUCGAAUUCACUUGUACGUGCAACAGUUAUCGGUGCGACAAAAAGGAGACGCAGUUCUGCAUGGCUAAGUUGGUUUCUCCAAUGUAAAGGAUGUUUGUAGCAGAAACGUGUUACUGAGUGAUCACUCAAUA